AUGUUGAUCCCCUCGGAAACACGCUACUGUGAUCUAUGCACCAGUGAACCUCUUGGGUCGUACGAUUCCGUAGAGGGAAGCUCUCGACAACAACGAGCACCAUGUGUCAACUCCCUCGGAUCAGACAUCUAUCUAUCGCAACAGCACAGUCAGUAUGGGUCCUCAGAAUACGGCGAUCCAGGCGCUUCGCACGCGGGAGGGAUUUAUCACUCGGAGACGGCCGUGGUCAACUCUUGGAAUGGACGACCUCGAAUGAUACCGGGACAUUGGGGGCAUCCGGGUAUUGCCGGUCUCCCGGGAGUUUGUGGUCAAACAGGGCAGAUGGGCAAAUCCGGCAGUGUGAAGUACAUUGUGGUACCAAAACACAUCGGUGAAGAACGGAGAAAACAGUUGGUAGAGAAACAUAAUCAACUCAAGGCUACUGACGACGGAAAUCAGAACAUGCCGCCAGCAGAACCAGAUUUGAUCAAAUGGGUUAUCACAAACUUUGCGACGAUUGGAACAAUCUACGAGGAACGUUUCCAGUUGACAAUUGUGGAUUAUGAGAUUCAGUUCGCAUCAGAUACAAGAGACUUCAUCGAACCCAACUCCAGCUUUCGUAUUAGUGGAAUCUGUGUGCGCAAUCCGAGUUCCAUGCCACUGCCUCCUUGUGGACGAUUGCAGUUUCGUGGGAAUGCAAUGAUUCAACCGGUGGACUAUCCGACUAUCGAAAUACCUGCGGUAAUUGAUUAA